AUGGCAGGGGAUUCAACUUUCAAGAAAGCACAAAAGGCGUUCCGCCGUAGUCACAAAGAACGACACCAACCGAGGAAGAGACAGAAGUUGGGGCUUCUAGAGAAGCAUAAAGACUAUGUUCUGCGUGCAAAAGACUUCGCCUCGAAGCGCGACCGCUUAAAGGCGCUGCAGGGAAAGGCUCGAGAGAGAAAUCCUGACGAGUUUUACUAUAAAAUGGUGAAUACGAGGACUAAAAAUGGGGUACAUCAAGUGGCCGCGAAUAGGAGCGAGAACUUCGAUGGCGAUAUGCACAAGUUAAUGGCCACACAAGACGUGGAGUACGUAAAACACAAGCGCCAAAUUGAACUGAAGAAUAUUGCGCGACUACAGAGUCAAUUACAUAUGAUCGAUGCACAUAAUGAUGAGGACAUCGCACACACUAAGAAUCAUACAAUUUUCCUAGAUACAAAGAAAGAGGCGGAGGCCUUUGACGCGGCGAAACACUUUGAUACGGAUGAAGCACUG